AUGGCUAUUCGAUUCGACCCCAUGGUGCAACAUGUGCUGGCCUCGGGUGAGCUGGUAAAAUCUGGCAUAGAGGUCCGGGAUUUCGACGGCGAAAAUUGGACGUCCCUAUCGGAUGGCAGACGAAUUCCAUCCGUCAAGAACUGGGGACCCUGGGCGGGCGGAGGUUACAGUCAGAAGCUCCAGGGCAUUUUGGUCUGGCAGGCCCUUGUCAAUCUGAUGGAGACUACAUGUGCGGCUGUUUUGAGCAGUGGUUUGGCCCUGCCCCGGCAACUAAGCUGGGGACAAGGCUCGCCAAGUUCUUACACUUGA